ACGCUGUCGCGUACUCAGCUGAAGACAUUUUCUGUGCUCGUUUAGGCUGUGAGGUCACGCGUUUGGUUGAUGGUUCGUUGUGGCCGUGAGUUAGACUCCCGCGUAGAGUCCUUCGAGAAUCCCAAGGGCUGGUCUUGGCUAGAUUGCAUCGAAAGGUUCUGUGUGAGCUUGUUGGUGACCUGUCCAACAUCACCCACUACUAUCCGCUUUCCGACGCGUCGCAUAAUCAGAAAUCACCAUGACGCGCGAUACUGAGGCCGAUGCCGCUCCUGGCGCUUCUGUGCUCUUCGUAUGUCUGGGCAACAUCUGUCGCUCCACCAUGGCCGAGGGAGUGUUCCGCAAUCUCACCAGCUUUGGUACACCCAGCCAAAAUCCGUUGAUCAGAGAGGUCGACUCAUGUGGUACUGGUGCGUAUCAUGCAGGCGACAGUCCAGACUCCCGCACCAUGCGAGUGCUCCGACAGAACGGAAUCAGCGACUACCAGCACGCAGCCAGGAAGGUGAGAGUGCCAGAGGAUUUCCAGGAGUUUGACUACUUGCUGGCCAUGGACCGAGACAACUACGAUGAUUUGAGAGACAUGGUCAAAAGAGCCGGGAAAAGAGGUCUGCUGGAUGAGGAAGCAUUGAAGAAGGUGCAUUUGUAUGGCGAGUUCGGCGGUAAGAGCAAGAAGGAGGAAAUCGGCGAUCCGUACUACGGAGGCAAUGAAGGCUUCACGACCGCGUAUGAACAAGUCGUGCGGUGCGGCGAAGGAUUGCUGAAGCACAUUGAGGAGCAGACGAGGAAGCAGGAAACCUGAGCUGUGGUCAACCAUUGCUCACCUCUCCAAGCAAGCAGGCUGAGACCACAUGCCGAAAUAGGAGCCAUACAGCUUCUUCACAAUGCCUGCGCUACAGCCAAGGCUGCAUGUCAGCAAUUGGGGCAGUUGCCGUUCACAACUGCAACUGCCCGGCCAGUCAUCUGCUGGCUCGACUGCGCACUGCAGGAACGUCUCCUCGAUGAGCAGGUUCGAAGGUUGUAGAAGAUAUUACAAAGCGCAAGAUCAACAUCACCUCACCUACCUAGCUCAGUCAAUGAGCUCAAAAAGUUAUAAAUUC